AUCCCUGCAGGGAUGGUGCCUUGCGGCACCGCCCACGCUCGGAUUGGUCCCAGGUGAGAUUCGCCCUUGUGCCCUCGUAGGCCUUCGGAACAGCGGAAGAGCAGUGUCGGGCCAUGGCCAGGGCCCGCAGGCUGGAGCUGGCCGAGGCCCUGGCGCUGGGGCCAGGCUGGAGGCAUGCCUGCUAUGCGCUCCUGCACGCGCCGGACCCUGGAAUUCUCUUUGGCCGCCUCCCUCUGCGCUACGCCAUACUGAUGCAGAUGCGCUUUGAUGGGCGCCUGGGCUUCCCUGGCGGAUUCGUGGACUCGCAAGACAGCAGCCUGGAGGUCGGGCUGAACCGUGGUCUGCUGGAACUGCUGGGCGAGGCGGCGGCCGCCUUCCGCGUGGAGCGCCCUGACUACCGCAGCUCCCACGCCGGAUCAGGGCCACGCGUUGUGGCCCACUUCUAUGCCAAAUCUCUGACGCUCGAGCAGCUGUUGGCUGUGGAGGCCAGCGCAACAGGCGCCAAGGACCACGGGCUGGAGGUGCUGGGCCUGGUGCGAGUGCCCCUGUAUACCCUGCAUGAUGGUGUGGGAGGCCUGCCCAUCUUUCUGGAGAAUUGCUUUAUUGGUGCUGCCCGGGAGCAGUUACUGGAUACCCUCCAGGACUUGGGAGUGGUGGAAGCUGGUGCUUUCUCAGGACUUCAGAUCCCAGUUCGUCUGAGGCAACCCUCUGUGGACUCAGGGAACCUGAGAUGAGGACUUUGGUACAAGGAAGGGAACGUUUUCUCUUCCGGACCUAAAGAUGAUACCAAAUUAAAAGAAGACAUGUAUAUCAUAUGUUUUGAGCAGAGGACCCUCCAAUUCAUGGGAUCAGGGGCAAAAAUCCACAGCUCAUCCCAGGGGCCCUGGCAGGUUCUCAGAGCCUACCUCUUCCUUGUACAUUUGCAUACAGCCUGGUAACCCCUAGGCAUGCAUAUGUACAAUGUGACCACACACAGCCUGACAUCUUUCACCUAUCAAGUCCAAUUUAACCAGGAAUUGGCAUUUGUUACCAUACCCUGCCUCUUGCUUUGCAGAGAGCUUCUACAGCAAGGCUGAGUGAGUCCUUCCCACAGUCCUCCAUGGCUGCUCUUUAGGGUCUACCCCAGCCCAUGUUUUUUGGGAAGGAUAGAGAAGCAGAGGACCCUCUUUGCUUUCCUGAAAGUAGCCAUGCCCUUGCUGGAGGGUUCACCACAGCAAUUGGUGGGAAAGGGUCUUAACCAAUCUCCAACACUUUUCUUCUCCUGAAACUGAGAAGGGGUAAGGAAGUAGCUAGGUCCCCUUGGACGGAGCAUGGACAUGAGACCUGUGAGUACUUGUGUCUCUCCUUCAGAGCUUUCAUCUUUGGUUCGCUGUAGACUCUGGGACUAUCAGAAGAGAACUGACCCAUACCUGUCUAGCCCUGCCCUUCCAAAAAAAGAGCCUCCCAUUAAAGAGGAGUUAGAGCUGGGCCUUGAGGCUCUUCACUUCUUUCAACAGAUAUUUAAUACGUACCUACUAAAUGCCAGGUACUAUAAAAGGUAUAGAGAGCCAUCCUUGCUCUCCAAGACUCCAGGGAAGGGAUGGGCAAACAUUUUCUUAAAAGCCAGAUAGCAAAUACUUUAAGCUUUGUAAACUACAUAGUUUUUUAAAAAAUAUUUUCUAACAUUGACUAAUAAAAAUUGCCUAUGUUUACUGUGUACAAAAUGAUGCUUUCAAAUAUGUAUACAUUGUGGCAUGGCUAAAUUGAGCUAAUUAACAUACGCAUUACCUCACAUAUUUAUCAUCUUUCAUGGUAAGAACACAAAAUUUACUCUUAGCAAUUUUCACAAAUUAAUGCAGUUUAUUAACUAUAGUCACCAUUUGUGCAACAGAUCUUUUGAACUUAUUUCUCCUAACUGAAGUUUUAUAUUCUUCGAUCAAUAUCUUCUCAAUUACUGUUCCCUACCCCCAACCCCUGGUAACCAUUAUUUUACUCUCUGUUUCUAUGUGUUUAACUUUUUUAGACGCCAUAUAUAAGUGAAAUCGUGGUAUUUUCACCUGGCUUAUUUCAUUUAACAUGUCAUCUAGGUUAAUCCAUAUUGUCACAAAUGACAGAAUUUUCUUCUAUUUUAAGGCCAAAUAGUAUUCCAUUGUGUAUAUAUACCACAUUUUCUUUAUUCGUUUAUCUGUUGAUGGACACUUAGGUUGAUUCCACAUCUUGGCUAUUGUGAAUAGUGUUGCAGUGAACAUGGGAGUGCAGCUAUCUCUCCAGAUCCUAAUUUCAAUUACUUUGAAUAAAUACCCUGUAAUGGGAUUCCUGGACCAUAUAGUAGUUCUUUAUUUUUAAAUACCUCCAUGCUGUUUUCCAUGAUGACCAUACUAAUGUACAUUUCCACCAAUAUUGUAUAAGCAUUCCCUUUUCUUCAUAUUUUCUCUAAUACUUACCUUUCAUCUUUUUAAUCAUAGCCAUUCUAACAGAUAUGGGGUGAUAUUCCAUAGUGGUUUUGAUUUUCAUUUCCCUAAUAAUUAGUGAUGUUGAGCAUUUUUUCAUACACCUAUUUGCCUUUCUUUGAGAAAUGUCUAUUCAGGUCAUCUGCCUCAUUUUUAAUUGGGUUAUGUGUUUUCUUGCUAUUGAGUUGUUCAUGUUCCUUAUAUAUUUUGGCUAUUAACCUCUCAUCAGUUGUGUGAUUUGAAGUUAUUUUUUCCCAUUCUAUAGAUUGUCCCUUUAGUGUGUUGACUGUUUCCUGUGCUGUGCAGAAAGUUUUAGUUUGACAUAAUCCCAUUUAUCUAUUCUUGUUGUUGUUGCCUGUGCUUUUGAAGUCUUAUCCAAAAAAAUCAUUGUCCAGACCAAUGUCAUGGAGCUUUUCCCCUGUUUUCUGUAGCUUUACAGUUUCAGGUCUUGCAUUUAAGUCUUUAAUCUAUUUUGAGUUUAUUUUUUGUAUGGUAUGAGAUAAGGUUCUAAUUUUAUUCUUCUGCACAGAAAUAUGCAGUUGUCCCAACACCAUUUAUUGAAGGGAUUAUCUUUUCCUCAUUGUGUAUUCUUACCCUCUGGAAAAUCAAUUGACCAUAAAUGUGUGGAUUUAUUUCCAAGAUCUCUAUUCUGUUCCAUUGGUCUGUGUGUCUGUUUUUAUGACAGUACCAUGCUGUUUUGGUUACUAUAGCUUUAUGAUAUAUUGUGAAGUCAAGCAAUAUGAUACCUCUAGCUUUGUUGUUUUGGUUAAGAUUUUUUGGCUAGUCAAGGUUUUUUUGUAGUUUCAUAUGAAUCUUUGAAUUGCUUUUCUAUUUCUUUGAAAAAAGUCAUUGGAAUUUUGAUAGGGAUUGCACUGAAUCUGCAGAUUGCUUUGAGUAAUAUGGACAUUUUAACAACAUAAAUUCUUCCAGUUCAUUAACAAGGGAUUUGUUUUCAUUUAUUUGUUGGGCCAUUUAUUUGUGUCUUCUUCAAUUCCUUUUUUUUUUUUGAGACAGAGUCUCACUUUGUCGCCCAGGAUUGAGUGCAGUGGCACAUCUUGGCUCACUGCAACCUCCUCCCAGGUUCAAGCAAGUCUCCUGCCUCAGCUUCCUGAGUAGCUGGAACUACAGGCAUGCACCGUCAUGCCCAACUAAUUUUUGUAUUUUUACUAGAGAUGGGGUUUUGCCAUGUUGGCCAGGCUGGUCUCCAACUUCUGACCUCAGGUGAUCCACCCACCUUGGCCUCCCAGAGUGCUGGGAUUAUAGGCAUGAGCCACCCCACCUGGCUUUCAAGGUCUUGGAAGACCUACCAAGUCUGGGUAGGACUUCCAGUACUGUGUUGCAUCCUUCUCUUAUUUAUAAUCUUAGAGGAAAAGCUUUCAACUUUUUACCAUUGAGUAUGAUGUCAGCUGUGUGUGGGUCAUAUAUGGCCUUUAUUAUGCUGAGGUACAUUUCUUCUAUGCCUAAUGUGUUGAGAGUUUUUAUCAUGAAAGAAUGUUAAAUUUUAUCAGAUGUAUCUAUUGGGAUGAUUACAUGUUUUUUAUCCAUUCUGUUAAUAGGAUGAAUCACACUGAUUUGCAUUUGUUGACAACGUCUAUCCUUGCAUCCCAGGAAUAAAUCCCAUUUGAUCAGGGUGACUGAUCCUUUUCGUGUGCUGUUGAAUUCAGUUUGCUAGCAUUUUUUGUUUGAGAUUUUUGUGUCUGUGUUCAUCAGGCAUAUUGACCUAUAGUUUCCUUUUCCUGUAGUGUCUUUGGCUUUAGCAUCAGGGUAAUGCUGGCCUCAUAAAAUGAAUUUGGAAGUAUUUACUCUUCUUCAGUUUUUUGAAGAAUUUGAGAGGAAUUGUUCUUUAAAUUUUUGGUAGAAUUCAGCAAUGAAACCAUCAGGUCCUAGGCUUUUCUUUGAUGGGAAAGCGUUUCUUAUUAAUGCAUCUACUUGUUAUUGGUCUGAUUAGAUUUUAUUUUUCUUCAUGAUUCCGUAUUGGUAGAAUUAUGUGUGUCUAGGAAUUUAUCUGUUUCUUCUAGGUUAUUCAGUUUGUUGGCAUAUACUUGUUUACAGUAGCCUCUGGUGGUCUUUUGCAUUUCUGUAGUAUCAGUUCUGAUGUUUCCUCUUUAUUUUAUUUGAAUCAUCUCUUUUUUCUUAGUCUUGAUAAAGGUUUGUGAAUUUUGUUUAUCUUUUCAAAAAGCCAACUUCUUAGUCUCAUUGACCUAUUGUUUUUCUAGUCUCUAUUACAUUCAUUUCUACUCUGAUCUUUAUUAUUUUCUUUUUCUAACUUUAGGCUUAGUUUGUUCUUUAGGCUUAGUUUGUUCUUAGUUUGUUCUAGUUCCUUGAGGUGUACUCUUAGGUUAUUUAUUUAGGUCAUUUUUCUUUUCAAUGUUAGUGUUUAAUCCUAUAAACUUCCCUCUUAGACCUGAUUUUGCUGCAUCACAUAGGUUUUGGUAUGUUGUGUCCCCAUUUUUAUUUAUCUUAAGGUAAUUUUUAAUUUCCCUUUUAAUAUCUUCUUUGACCCAUUGAUUGUUCAGGAGCAUGUUGUUUCAUUUCCAUGUAUUUGUGAAUUUUCUGAAAUUCCUCCUGUUAUUGAUUUCUAGUUUUAUGCCAUUGUGGUUGGAAAAUAUACUUGAUAUGAUUUUAAUCUCACUAAAUUUGUUAAGUCUGAUGUUUUAUUUACUUUUUUUCUGUAUGAUUUGUCCAUUGCUGAAAGUGGGGUAUUAAAGUCUUCUACUAUUAUUGUAUUACAGUCUGUCUCUCUCUCUUGAGAUUUAUUAAUAUUUGCUUUAUAUAUUUAGGUGCUCUGAUGUUGGGUGCAUACGUAUUUAUAAUUGUUAUAUCCUUUUAAUGAAUUGACCUCUUUCUGGUUAUAUAAAGA